AUGUUCUUCCGAGCUUCUCACCUCGUGGCGGCGAUGGCCCUCUUCGAAGGGUCCUCGGCGAAGGACUGGUUGAGUCCUGAGUACAAGUACUUUUACCAGUUUGCUCUGCCGAUCCCGCCGGUGAAGCAGCCCAAGAUGUCCAUCACGAACCCGGUUACGAACCAGCAGAUUGACUACUACGAGGUCGACAUCGUUCCCUUCAAACAGCAGGUCUAUCCCAACAAGGGACCGGCCUCGCUUGUCGGCUAUGAUGGCAUCUCCCCGGGACCUACUUUCCUGGUUCCCAGGGGGCGGGAGACAGUUGUCAGAUUCACCAACAAGGCUGUUCUGCCGAGUGCGGUGCAUCUCCACGGUUCGCCUUCUAGGGCACCUUGGGACGGAUGGGCCGAGGAUCGCAUCCAACCUGGGCAGUACAAGGACUACUACUACCCCAACAGCCAGAGUGGGCGCUUCUUGUGGUACCAUGACCACGCGAUGGACAUUACUGCUGUCAACGCUUAUUUUGGCCAGGCCGGUGCCUACAUCAUCCAGGAUCCCGCGGAAGACGCCCUUGGUCUCCCCACUGGCUACGGUGUGAAUGAUAUCCCCCUUGUCCUGGCAUCCAAGCAGUACAACAACGAUGGCUCCCUCUUCUCGCCGGCUGGCGAGACCGACAGUCUCUGGGGCGACGUUAUCCACGUCAACGGCCAGCCGUGGCCCUUUUUCAAAGUCGAGCCCCGCAAGUACCGCCUCCGGUUCCUCAACUCGGCCGUCUCGAGAUCCUUCAUUCUUUACUUCCAGCGCCAAACCGGCGGCGCCAACAUUCCUUUCCAAGUGAUCGCCUCCGACGCAGGCCUCCUCACCGGCCCCAUCACAUCAUCCACCCUGACCAUCUCCAUGGCUGAGCGUUGGGAAGUCAUCUUCGACUUUAGCCAGUUUGCGGGACAAAACAUCACGCUGCGGAACCAAGACGACGUCGGCAAGGACACCGACUACGGCUUCACCAACCAAGUGAUGCGCUUCGUCGUCAGCAAACCCGCCGUCGUCGACAACGCCGUCGUCCCCGCCAACCUCCGCAACGUCCCCUUCCCGCCGUCGCAGGGCAACGGCGUCGACCGCAAGUUCCUGUUCCACCGCCAGGGCGGCGGGUGGAAGAUCAACGGUGUCGGCUUCAGCGACGUCAAGAACCGCAUCCUCGCCAACGUGCCACGCGGCAAGGUCGAGAUCUGGGAGUUUGAAAACGGUGGCGGCGGCUGGACGCAUCCCAUCCACGUGCACCUCGUCGACUUCCGCAUCCUCAGCCGCACCAAGGCGAAGCGGCCCGUCCUGCCCUACGAGGCCGCCGGCUUGAAGGAUGUGGUGUGGCUCGACGCCGGGGAGGUCGUCCGCGUCGAGGCGCACUACGCCCCGUGGGACGGCGUCUACAUGUUCCACUGCCAUAACCUCAUCCACGAGGACCACGAGAUGAUGGCCGCGUUCAACGUGACGGCCCUAGCUGAUUUCGGGUACACUGAGACGUCCUUUGCCGACCCGAUGGAGGCCAGGUGGAGGGCUGUCCCUGUUACGGCGGCGGCUUUUAGCAAUGACGCUAUUAUCCAAAAGGUGCAGGCUAUGGCGGCUCUUCAGCCUUACAACAACGUUGACGAGGUCAUGGCUAGACUUGACCAGUACUGGUCCACUCGUGGUGGUGUCAAGAUGAGGCGCGUCAAGAGAGCUGCGCAGGAUGCCAUUGACGGACCCCAGUAG